AUGAAUAUUUUGAAUUAACACUAAAAUGCAUUUCCACAUCUCUUGCCUAUCAUUGAUAGCAUGAGAGUUUACUAAGAAAUGAAAUUGUGGAAGCAGCUGAGUGAUUAAUUGUUGGUCUACAUCAAGGAUCCUCAAGUCAAUCAAGGAACCCAUUUGAAAGAUCUUUUUGAGGGCUUUGUCAAGAAGUUUUAUUAGGAAAUUGAUGAAAUGAAAUUAGUGCGUAUUCUCAUUAAGACUGCAGAAUAAUAUGGAGAUUUCCAGAGCAGAAUUGAUUUCCUCAAAUAAUUCAAAUUGGAUGAACAACCUCAAUUAGUCAUUGAAAUUUUGAUUGCCUUCUUCAAGUUGUAGUAGGGACAACUAUAAGAAGUUGAUGAAUUACUAAAACAAUACAAGCAAAAAAGUGAAAAAUUACAAGAAGUCGAUCCACUUGUAUAUUCCAUGCUCUACUAUUUGGCAUACAAUUUCUACAAAAUCAAGAAUGUCUAUGAAGAAUUCUAUGUGAAUGCCCUUCAAUAUCUUGCAUACACAAAUGAUUAAGACAUGUUGCAAGAACAAAAGGUACAACUCUCAUAUGAGAUGGCUCUUGCAGUUUUGAUUUCACCAAACAUCUAUAAUUUCAGUGAAUUGUUGCAACAACCAGUGUUAGUUAGCUUAAAAGAAAGUGCCCAAUACACUUGGGUCUAUCAAUUGUUGGAUAUCUUCAAUAGGGGCAGUGUGAGGGAAUUGAAUAAUUUCUAAUGGAAUGAGGAGAGAAAAAGAGUUAUUCCCAAUUUCCAAGUUUUGAAUGAAAAAAUUAGAAUAAUGGCAUUUCUUGAAUUAGCAUUCUCUUUGCCUAAAAAUAACAGGGUUUGCACUUUCGAGGAAUUGUCUUAAGUGUCAGAGUUACCCUUAAGUGACAUCGAAAGAUUGGUAAUGAGAACCAUUAGUAAGGGGUUGGUCAAAGGCAGAAUCAAUUAAGUAAAACAAACUAUUACAAUUUCCUAUGUUGUUCCAAGAGUUUUGACUUUGGAUAAAAUUGAGAUUAUUAAUAAGAAAUUCGGUAAUUGGGAGAAAUCAUUGAAUGUCUUUCUUAAAGAAGUUGAAGAUGUGAGGAAGACAUUUAAUUGAUAUAUAUAAAUGUAUAAAAUCAAUUAAUUAUUCACAAAAAGUA